AUGAAACCAGCCCAAAAGUAUCUUUUGCACACUUUGUGCAAACGAUAUCACUCCACAAAGUUGGGCACUCGCCACCUGGCUAUUUCCGCCAUUUCCCGCAGCUCAUCGACUUCAGAACCUUUCAGUCUCCAAAAUGACAUGAAGAUCUAUGCUUCACUCGUAGAUGAGCUCAGGAAGCCUCAAAAGGAUUCCAAAUCGCAGGUCAGUCUUUCCGGAAAAGCGUUCAACGAAAUCAAACCCAUAGGCGACAAAAUUGCCGAAUCUGAUCGCCGAGAAGUCAGCUGGUCAUCGAACUACGACCCUGUUACCAGAUCUCCAUUUGCAAAGGAUGUGGUGCAUUUGCUGUCGUUGCUCGACGCUCUUUUAUCGUCAAAAAACUUUGCCAGAGCAGAAAACAUCUUGGUGGCCAUCCAUCCAUUGUUAGACCAACCUGAAGGGUUUGUCUCAUUCAUGAAUAAGUACUUAGAGGCUUACGCUAUGGAGGAGUCUUCUACCAUUGAGGAACUUGAAUCAUUUCUUGCAAAGAUGCAGAAAGAAUUCCGGGCAUAUCCGAACGACAGAACAUACGCCAUCAUGAUUGCAAAGUCCAUCGAUGAUAAAGAUACAUGCAAGACAUACAUCAGCAAAGCAAAGACAUCCAGACGUUUGAUCAGACGUACAUUGAAUCACUUAGACAUUCUCACUGUGGAGGACCUCACACGUCUUUUUGAGGAGCCUUCAUUGGAGGAAUGCCAUAUUCCAACUGAUCUCAUACCACUCUUUCAAGAUGUAAGAACCGGACAGAAUCCAGAGGUUUCCGAAGAAGAGGUUCCUGAAUAUUUCAAGGUCGACGGUAAGGAGGCACCCAUGAUCGAGAAGGAUGCUGCAGAGUUGCGUGCAGUGGAUUCGUUUGGCUUGAAAGUCAUCAGACACACGCUUUUGGGAUUGGAGAGCAAGACUGAAAUCGAUUUGGACAAGCUCUUCAACGAUCUCGACGAAGACCUCAAGCAGCACAUUUUGCAUAACUCCCGUUCAAACAAGAAGAGAAAUUAUCACGAAAUCUAUAAGACACUCAAGACUCCCGAAGACAAAAGGAAAUUUGACGAGGCUUUAGAUGUGUUCAACGAAUCCAGACAGAGAGAACUUGAAAGUAAAGGUAUUGACGCUGCGCGUGAAAAAUGGAAACACGAAUUUGAAGAUUUGCAACUGAGAGGAGGUCUCCCUAUUAAUAAGAACUUAAAUGUCCAACUUUACCAGUGGUAUUUGGACAUGCUUCCAUUUGUCCAAGAAGAGGUAGAUCUUUGCAGGAAGCUCUUGAGCAACGAAAUUAUGCUUUCAUCUUUGUCUGGUGACGAAAAAAAGCAAAUGAAGGACCGAUCCUUCUACGCCCCAUACCUUGUGUUGAUUCCCCCCAAGAAGUUGACGGUAAUUACCAUUUUGGAGUUACUCAAAUUGAACUCCACCGGAGGCAUUGUGGACGGUAUGCGUACAGCUAGGGCAGUGAUUUCCGUGGGAAAAGCCAUCGAACUUGAGUACAAAUCGCAAAGCUUGGUAGCAGCCGAGAAGAGAUUCUUGACUCGUAAGUCCAAGAACUCCAACAGACUUAGGAAACUUCUUCGUUCCAGAAAGCCAACGGUGGAAGAUGCUCUGAACACUGAGUGGGACUACCCUGUUUAUGCCAAAUUAGGCUCGGUUUUGACCAGUCUUUUACUUCAUGUGGCUAAGGUUCAGGUUACUGGUACUGAUCCCUCCACUGGAAAGGCAGUCAAGGGUAAGCAGCCAGCUUUUCACCACACAUACCAAUUUGUCAACGGACAGAGACUUGGAAUAAUCAGGUUGCAUAAGAAUUUGGUUCGCCAAUUGGCUAGCAACACUCUCAUCAAUUCUGUUCAGCCUCAAUUUCUUCCCAUGUUGCUUCCUCCUACGGACUGGUCUUCACACAACAAUGGAGGCUAUAAAUUCACACCCAGCACCUUAGUCAGAAUCAAAGACUCCGCAGAAACUGUUGCUUACGUGAAGGCUGCAGCAGAAGCUAAUAAUUUGGAUGACGUUUAUGCUGGUUUGAAUGUUUUAGGACGUACUCCAUGGACUGUCAACGCCAAAGUGUUGGAGGUGGUGUCACAGUGCUGGAAUACUGGAGAGGCAUUCUUGGACAUACCUCCUAUUGUAGACGAACCCGAAUUGCCUGCUCCACUCCCAUUUAACGCAGAGCCUUUGGAGAAGGUCGAGUACCAAAAGAAGGUGCGUCACAUUCUCAACGAGGCUGCAGCAUUCAGAUCUCAAAGAUGUGAUACCAACUACAAGCUUGAAAUUGCUAGAGCAUUUGUUGGUGAGAAAAUGUACUUCCCUCACAAUGUCGAUUUCCGUGGCAGAGCAUACCCAUUAGCCCCACAUCUUAACCAUUUGGGUAAUGACUUGACCAGAUCGCUUUUCUUGUUCUGGGAAGGCAGAGAGUUGGGAGAGAGAGGCUUGGAGUGGUUGAAGAUUCAUUUGGCCAAUGUCUACGGUAUGGAUAAGGCACCAUUAAAGCAGAGAGCAGAGUUUGUUGAGGCUAACUUAGAAAACGUGUUCGAUUCUGCUCGUGAUCCUCUUGGAGGUAACAGAUGGUGGACAAAGGGUGACAAGCCAUGGCAAAUUUUGGGAGUAUGUUUCGAACUAGCAGAGGCCUAUAAGUUGACCGACCCGACCAAGUACGUUUCGCAUUGUCCAGUGCACCAAGACGGUACCUGUAACGGACUUCAGCAUUACGCUGCCUUGGGAGGAGACGUCGAAGGUGCCAAGCAAGUCAACUUGGUUCCUGCUGACAGACCACAAGAUGUCUACAAGUUCGUUGCCGGAUUGGUUGAGAAGAGGUUGGAAUCUGAAGCUGAAGCAGGUAACAAAUAUGCCAUUUUCUUGAAGAAUAAGAUCUCGCGUAAGGUUGUCAAGCAAACUGUCAUGACAAAUGUUUACGGAGUCACAUUCGUGGGAGCCGUUGCUCAGAUCGAGAAACAACUCACCCAUCUCUUUGAGAAGGACGACUUUGACUCGGUCACAUUGUACGCUAGGUACUUGACGUCAUUAGUUUUCGCAUCCAUGAGGGAGUUGUUCGAGGGUGCCCAUUUGAUUCAAGAUUGGUUGGGAGAGUCUGCUAAGAGAAUCUCCAAGUCUGUUCGUAUCGACUAUGAGGAGAAGAGUGCCAAGAACGCAAACAAGCCCAGUCACUUGUCUUCAGUGAUCUGGACGACUCCGCUUGGCUUGCCAUGUGUUCAACCAUACAGAGCCACCAAAAGACAGAUUGUUUCCACCAACUUGCAAGAUAUUACAAUUUCCGAUCCAUUUGGAGCCACACAAGUGGACUCCAGAAAGCAACUGACAGCUUUUCCUCCAAAUUUUAUUCACUCGUUAGAUGCCACACACAUGUUGAUGACGGCUGCUGCUUGUGGUGAACAAGGUUUACACUUUGCAUCUGUUCACGACUCUUAUUGGACUCAUGCUGCCAAUGUGGACGUAAUGAGUGCUAAUAUUAGAGACCAGUUUGUGCGCUUACAUGAGGAAAAUUUGAUUGUGAAGUUGCGGGAUGAGUUCGAGAGACGUUACAAGGGCUUUUUGCAAGUGAUGAGUAUUCCGGGUGACCAUGAGGUUGCCUUGAAGAUCAAGGCUGUUAGAAGAAAGAUUGUUAAAGACUUGGGCCGUGCAUUGACGGUGGCAGACGAAAUUUACAUUGAAAAGAAGAGACAGGAGUUACUUGAGUCUCCUGAUGCUAGAGAAGUUCAGAUGGGAAAAGAAAUGGUAAGCACUGUGAGUGUCACUGAAGGCUAUGACUUGAAUGAAAUCGCUGUGAGUGCCUCUAGCAGCAAGGCGUUGCAGAUCUUGGCGCCUUUGACGUUCCCUGAGAUUCCUACUCGUGGUUCGUUGGACGUUGGUGUGGUCAAAGAAUCACCAUACUUUUUCUCUUAA